AUGCAGACAGACUUUACCAGUGAACUCAAGCCUGCCAGCCCAGGCGGUAGUGUCCUGAUAGAACAAGAAAGAGCUCGUUCAUCAAUUCCUGUAGAUGCUCUCUCUGAGUUCAUCUUGGGCAAGCAAUGGCUUCAGAUGCAACGGAGUCUGUUGCCCUUGUUAAUGGACCAAAAGCUUCUCUCUAAGCGAACUCAGAUGAAUCUGUCUCGGCCUGACCGAUAUCUACUUGGUCUUGCUCGGGCAAAGCUUCUCCGACGAAUGGCUGAUCAGUAUCACUGGUCUGACGAGGAAUACGAAAUGGCCAAAUAUCUUGUUGACGACGUGUCGCCUUAUACUCUCCAUACCACGAUGUUCCGGCAAACUCUCCGAGAACAAGCUAGUGAUGAGCAGCAGCAGUACUGGCUUCCUAAGCACGGCCGAUGGGAGGUGAUUGGGGCUUAUGCACAGACAGAAAUGGGUCACGGGAGCAAUGUCCGAGGUAUCGAAACUGAAGCUCGAUGGGACCCGGCGACUAAAUCAUUCAACCUUCAUAGCCCGACAUUGACAGCGAGUAAAUGGUGGAAUGGGUCAUUAGGCCGCACGGCUACUCAUGCAAUUGUAGUAGCCCAGCUGCUCAUUCCCAAGAAAACUGCUGCCAAGGAUCCAGUGGAAUACGACAGAUUGGGCCCUCAUCAUUUUGUUGUACAAGUUCGAGACAAGGUGACACAUCAGCCUUUGGAUGGAAUUGUGGUCGGAGAUAUAGGGCCAAAAUAUGGCUACGCACCCAUGGACAAUGCGUUUAUGCUCUUCAAGCAUCACAGAAUCCCACAUGAUGCCAUGUUAAGUCGAUAUGCCAAAUUAGAUCCCGAAACUAGUGUUUACACGAAACCAGAAGCUCCUAAUAUCGUGUACGGAUCACUCACUGAGGCUCGAUCGCGAAUCGUGAAUCACGCCAGGCUGGUUCUGGCACGCGCUGUUACUGUUGCAGUCCGCUACACUACGAUCAGACGACAGUUCAAAGAUAAAGACGACCAUUCGGAAGCGCCUGAAACUUCUGUUAUCGACUAUUCAACGGUGCAGAUCCGUAUCCUGCCGCUGCUUGCCACCGUAUUCGCUUUGCAUUUCACAGGCCAGGUCAUGAAGGAAACCUUCUUGUCCAAUCGGGAGAGAAUUGCACAGAAUGACUUUAGUGGAAUGGCAGAGCUGCACAGCCUGUCAUCUGGCCUCAAGAGCCUCUGCACUGACCUGGCAGCCAACGGUAUUGAGACUUGCAGGCGAGCAAUGGGAGGGCAUGGAUACGGAGGCUACAGUGGGCUAGUGCAACUAAAUGCUGAUUAUCUGUCGAAACCUACUGUUGAGGGAGAUAAUUGGAUGAUCACCCAGCAGGUAGCCCGAUACCUUAUGAAAGUCGCUAAGAGAAUCACAGAGAAGCGAGGAACUAAACAAGAGACAAGAGCCGAGAAAUUACUCGAAAAGUAUCAGUUGCCCCAUAAUGGAACUGGCUUCAACAUCCUGGAGGACCAUUCUGCGCUGGCGGACGCUUUCGAACAUCGAGCAGCUCGGAUGGCGUUCCAGGUCUAUGCAGAGAGAGUCAAACAAGGCCGGUCGGAGAACGAGAUGCUUAUAAAGAUGCAUCAGUUGUCACAUGCUUAUUCGUAUUCCAUUUUAGUGCGAAACUUUCAUAACCAGAUAACCAACCUGCAGGAUUUUGGACAGGAAACGAUCAAUGUGCUGUGGGACCUGUACACGCUAUUUGCGCUAUUUACGAUGCAGAACAAUGCUCUUGAGUUUAUACAAACUGAGACGGUAUCACUCGAUCAACUCAGCGCGGUGCGGGAUCGAAUUUUUGAACUGAUGAGGCGUAUACGGCCGCAUGCCGUUCGGUUGGUUGACGUGUGGGCUCUACCAGAUUAUCUUCUUGACAGCUCACUGGGUCGUUAUGAUGGUCGUGUAUAUGAGGACAUGUUUCAUCGCGCUCAUGAUCUCAACCCCUUAAACCGCAUUACCGUCAACCCCGAUUACAAAAACCCAGAGCUUGUGCUAGGCUCCGGGGAUGGCAAUGCUAUUCUAGCUAAAUUGUAGAUUUAUUUCUCGUGCUGCCAUUAUAACUGAGAGGAAAUGGAAACAUCACAGCUACCAAGUUGAGAAAGCCACUAUAAAUACUAACAGAUAGUAGAUAGUUACUAGCGCAAAAAUCGUUCCAACACUUUUC